UUUUCUUCUUCCGGUUUCUGCUCGUUUUCUUCCCCUGUCGAACUUGCUCUUGCUGACUUGCUUAACUCUAGAAGACCGGCUUUCUGCCGGUUAUACUUUACCACAUUUUAUUCAAAUUAGUAUAGUUCUCAAAAGCGAAGAUUAGCGAACCAUGGGUGAUCCACAAACGUAUGCUAACUACAACACUGGAGGUGGGGGAGCUGGCUAUGGAGGUUAUGGAGGUGCUUACCCAGCUGCUGGAGCCGUAGGUGCAGCUGCGCCCGCCACAGGCUAUGCCCAGGGAGGAUACAAUCAAGGUGCGGCUAGUAGCUACUCACAGCCUCCGCCCGCCACUGGCUGGGGUGCUGGGCAACAAGGUUAUGGAGGCGCUGCCGCCGAUACUUAUGGUGCUCAAGGAGGCCCUAACAAAGGUUACCAAUAUGAUCAAGGUACUACACCGAGCUACACCCAACCCCCUCCAGCUGGUGGAGCAGCUGCAGGUGGCUAUGGCAAUCAAGGGAGCUAUAAUAGCGAAGGUGGCUACCAGGGCUACAACCAGGGUGGUGGUGGCGGUGGCUACGGCGCAGGCGGCGGUGGAGCUGGUGGCGGUGGUGGUUACGGAGGCGGUGGCGGAGGUGGCUACAACCAGGGUGGUGGCUACAAUCAAGGAGGCGGUGGCGGAUAUGGAGGUGGACGAGGCGGUGGCGGAGGUGGAGGUGGCUAUGAUGGAGGCAGAGGAGGCGGUGGCGGUGGCUACAACAGUGGCGCCAGGGGUGGUUUUAACAAAGGAGGCGGUGGGGGAUUUGGAGGGAGAGGAGGUGAUGACUAUGUCGUCCAGGAAGACACUGUCUUUGUUUCCGGAAUGACCUCAGCCACAUCGGAAGAGGAGAUACAACAGCACUUUGGUUCCAUCGGAGUCAUCAAGACCGACAAGAGGACUGGUAAGCCCAAAAUCUGGAUGUACAAUGACAAAGCUACAGGAAGACCUAAGGGAGAAGCCACUGUUACGUACGACGACGCCAACGCUGCUAAGUCUGCCAUCAGCUGGUUUGAUGGUAAGGAAUUCAAUGGAAGCACCAUCAAGGUACAGAUGGCUACCAAAAGGGACAAUUGGAGUGCUGGCCGUGGCGGUGGUAGAGGUGGAGGUGGCAGUAUGGGUGGUGGUGGACCACCUGGACGGGGAGGUGGAGGACGAGGUGGAGGCAGGGGCGGAGGCUUUAGAGACGGAGGAGAUAGAGAUGGCGGUGGACGCGGCGGCGGAGGUGGUGGAGGAUUCGGGAGUCGAGAGGGAGACUGGAAGUGCCCCAACCCUGACUGCAACAAUACCAACUUUGCAUGGAGACAACAAUGCAACCGCUGCAACACUGACAAGCCAGGUGGUGGCGGUGGGGACGGAGGACGUAGAGGUGGUGGUGGAGGAAUGGACCGUGGGGGCCGAGGAGGUCGUGGUGGUGGAGGCUAUGGAGGCGGUGGAGGUGGCUUCGGCGGCCGUGGCAGAGGGGGUGGUGGUAGAGGAAGUGGUGGACCAAUGCGAGGGGACCGCGGUGGAGACAGGAGCAGGCCAUAUUAAACACAUUCACAAUUUAUUUUUAAAAAUAUUUGUACCAAAUAAGUAUUUUUUUCUCAUUAGUGUGUAAGAUAGAUUGUACUUUACUUGUUUUUGUCAUUUCCGUUUUCCUCAAGGGCCUUCGCCUUUUAAACCAUUGUAGAAAACUGAUUCCACUGAAUUAUUUCAAUUCAUGAUUGUUUGUUUUAAAUGGGUGAUAUAAUGUGGUCAUAUUUGUUAGUAACUGUACUAAAUUUUGUCAACAUUUUUAAUCAUAUUUUUACAGUGUAUAAUAAAUGGUUUUAACCCUUAA